GGGCUGCUCCGCGCAGACUCCCCGCAUCCUCCCGCAUCCUCCCGCAUCCCAGCAUCAGACCGACCGAAGCGGAGCGAGCGGAGCGACCCAUGAAGGCUUCCUCCCCGGGAUCACAGGCGUGUUUCCGCGGAUUCCUCCCCGCUGCUUCCCCUCCGGUGCGGAUGUGAAGUGGGAGUCUGUUCUCCUCCAUCUCUGCGCUGCUUCGCGUCCAAAGCUGCUCUCAGCCUCAAAAUGGCGGACAUCAUGGAGCUGGGACCCGCCUAUGCCAUGUCUCCGGUGCUGGCGGGCUUCCUCGGUGCCGGUGUUCUGGUUCUGGUGGUGGUGGUUCUGGUUCUGCUCUGGUCGUUCUGUCAGCGCCGCUACCUCCGGGUCACCGGGCGCUACAAGCUGCACGGCGACCGCUACUGCGAUGCAGAGGACCCGCCCUAUAAGUUCAUCCAUAUGCUGAAGGGCAUCAGCAUUUACCCAGAAUCCCUCAGCGGCAGUAAGAGAAUUGUUCGCGGCGUCCGACGAGCCGAGCGACCGGACAGGGACGGCUGCCCCGCCGGCGGCGCCGGAGGCAGGGGGAUGGUUCUGGUGGACGCAGAGAACAACAUCCUGGACGUCCCCGGCCAGCUGCAGAUGAGUCACCUGGUCCCGCCGUCCGGGUCGGGCCAGAACCGGCUGGAGCGGGCGCUUCCGGUCCGCGCCGACUACUGCUGCCUGGACAGCAGCUCGGCCAGCAGCAGCCAGAACAGCAGCAAGAUGGCGUCUCCUUUCACGCCCGCCUCCUCCGAGCCAGAACCAGAACCCAACCUGGGCUCCCUCAGCCUCACCGUGGAUUACAACUUCCCCAAGAAGGCGCUGGUGGUGACGGUAGUCGGGGCCCGGGGCCUCCCCGCCGUGGACGAGCAGGCCGGCAGCUCCGACCCCUACGUGAAGAUGACCAUCCUGCCCGAGAAGAAGCACAGGGUGAAGACGCGCGUGCUGAGGAAGACGCUGGACCCCAUCUUCGACGAGACCUUCACCUUCUACGGCGUGGCCUACAGCGCGCUGCCUGAGCUCACCCUGCACUUCCUGGUCCUCAGCUUCGACCGCUUCGCCCGCGACGACGUCAUCGGUGAGGCCGUGGUGCCGCUGAAGGGCGUGGACCCAAGCACGGGCCGGGUCCACCUGAGCCAGCAGAUCACCAAGAGGAACAUGCAGUGCGAGAGCCGCGGGGAGCUGCUGGCGUCUCUCUCCUACCAGCCUGUGUCUCAUCGCCUCAGCGUUGUGGUCCUGAAGGCCAGACACCUCCCCAAGAUGGACAUGACGGGCCUGUCAGCCAAUCCGUACGUGAAGGUGAACGUCUUCUACGGCCGCAAGCGCAUCGCCAAGAAGAAGACCCACGUGAAGAAAUGCACGCUGAACCCCGUCUUCAACGAGUCCUUCAUCUACGACAUCCCUCCGGAGCUCCUCCCUGAGAUCUCCGUGGAGUUCCUGGUGGUGGACUUCGACCGGACCACCAAGAAUGAGGUGCUGGGCCGCCUGCUGCUGGGCCUCCACAGCCCCUCCUCCUCCGGCGCCUCCCACUGGAGGGAGGUGUGUGAAAACCCCCGCCGGCAGAUCUCCAAGUGGCACAACCUGAGCGAGUACUGAGGAGGAGGAGGAGGAGGAAGAGGAAGAGGAGGAGCAGAAACCAGCUCCCAGCAGCUGGGACUCCGCCAGUGGAGACAGAGACUCAGUGUACAGCUCACCAUCCCCCCCCCCCCCCGCACACACACACAUGGCGAGGUCGUCCAUCAUCUUCAUCAUCUUCAUCACGUUUGCAAAAGAAGAAGAAAAUUCCUGCAGUUUCAUUUAGAAAAGAAGAAAAGAUCCUGUCGUCCUCAGAGGGGGCGGGGCUAAGAUACAGAAGAAGAAGAAGACUCCGCCCCCUUCUCCCCCCAAGCCACCGGUACCGACCCAUUAACGCAGCACCCGGCAUUUAACCGCUCCCCAUCAGGACCCGGUCAGAACCUGGUUCUGGUUCUGGUUCUGGUUCUGCCCCCCAGCAUGCUCCCUGCUCCUCCUGCUCCAGAACUUUCCAGGAUCCUGAGGGACGGUUCCGACCCGUUUAAACCAAUUAAUGCUGACAGAACCUGAAUCCUGAGACCCGUUUUAGUCCCAAAUGUUGGUCCUGGAGACUGAAGUAGAGGCCAGAUGGGCCGGCCCAGAGACGGAGCACCAGAACCGGGCCGAUUCUGCUCAGCCGGUCCGGUUCUGCUGGUCCGGUUCUGUUAGUCGGGUUCUGCUGGUCCGGUUCUGUUAGUCGGGUUCUGCUGGUGCUGUUUGCUUCCAUCUGCUGCCACUCUGGUACUUUCUGUUGCGGUUCUGGUUUGAUGGAUGAGUUCCACAUCUUUGGGUCGACUGUGUCCCAGUAGAACUGGACCCGGUUCAGUUUCCAGAUUCUGAAUUUCCAGAAUUCUGUUCUGGAGAGGAAAGUUGAGGUGGUUCUGAAAAACCCAAACUGUUUAAUUUAGGUUCUGCCGCCUGUCAGUGGUUUUGGUCUCCGGCUCAGCAUAAACAGAACCAGCGUCUGGGUCGGCUCUUCUCAAAUGUCUUUUAUUAAAUAAUCAGAACCGGUUUCCAGAUGUUCUGGGCUCUGUAGGUUCUGCUGAACUGAAUCUAGUCAGAACCAUAACCAGGUUCUGCUCCUCUGUGACCAACGGAUCAUUUGCUGCAGAAUUAGUCAGAACCAGAGCGACUGGAUCAGGAGGGAAUAAUCAGAACCAAAGCAGAAGAAAAGACGACGUUUCUGAUCGGUUUGGUUCUGGACCAGAACCAGAAGCUGGGCCUCUGCAGCGGGUCGGUCCAGACCGCGGUUCUGGACCUUCCACUGCUCUGAAAUGACAAAAAGUUUUUAAAUUUAAAUAAAAAACAGUCAAAUUAUUUUGAUUUGAAUUUGAUAUUAAACCAAAGUUCUGGUAAAACUGGUUCUGAUCCAGUUUCCUCUCUUUUGGUCA